GUUGUAUAUACAUGUACAAAAUGAGCUUUGAUUUAAAGCUAAAUUACGUGCCUUUUAAAGAUAUAUUUGUAUUGCCAUGUAAAGUUGCUAAUUUGAUCGAAAAAAAAUUGGCGUCAUCAUAGGGUCAUUGUUUAAAUUGUAUAUCAACAACAACAAAAACCAUCUCCUCUGUUAAACUCAUCCGGCUUGCGUUUCUAAGCCACGUCGGGCUCUCGGUGCGCGGUGCGUGCGAACACGAGGAGCAGCCCGGCUUGGCGUGAACUCCGCACCCUCCCAACGCGCACACCACGCCGCAGUCGAGCGCUCACCAGCACCCUCGCUCGCCAUGGUUUUCGGACAAAUCUUCCAGCGGACCGGCUCCAAGUGCACCGGCGUGGACGAGAGCGUUGACUCCGCAGCAGCAGCAGCCGCCGCAGCAGCCGCUUCCAUCGCGGUGAACGUGGGCGGCUUCAAGCGACGCCUCGAGGCGGGCACGCUGAGCCGCUUCCCGCACACGAGACUCGGCCGGCUGAUGAGCUGCGACUCGGAGGAAGCCAUCCUGGAGCUGUGCGACGACUACGACGUGGCCGAGCGCGAGUUCUACUUCGACCGCAACCCGUGCGUGUUCCCGUGCAUCGUCAACUUCUACUACACGGGCCGGCUGCACGUGGCCGACGACCUUUGCGCCAUCUCCUUCAGCCAGGAGAUGGAGUACUGGGGCAUCCACCGGCUCUUCCUCGACUCGUGCUGCAGCCUGCGCUUCCAGGAGCGCAUGCACGACCGCGACGACUACAACAACGACGACGACGAGGACGAAGACUGGGACGGGCACAGCGACGACAGCUCGGACCGCUCCUUCAUCGAGAACCUACUCUACGAGGCGCCGGCCGAGGCGGCCCAGGGUGGCCGCUGUGCGCGGUGCCGUCGAGAGCUGUGGCUCGUGCUCGAGAAUCCCGCGCACUCGCUCGUCGCCAAGCUCGUGGCCGUGUGCUCGCUCGCCGCGGUGCUCGUCUCCAUCGCCACCCUGUGCGUCCACAGCGUGCCCGAGUUCCGACGCCACGACGCCGAGGGCAAGGAGAUGGAGGACCCGAACCUCGAGCUGGUGGAGGGCGCGUGCGUCGCCUGGUUCACGGUCGAGUUCUUCCUGAGGUUGGCCACUGCGCCCGACGUGAAGGCGUUCGUCCGAAAUCCGCUCAACGUCAUCGACUUCGUGUCCGUGAUGCCCUUCUUCGUCACGCUGGCGGUCGACCGGCUGAUGGAGAGCGGCGCCGAGCUGCAGAACGUGGGGCGCGUGGUGCAGAUCCUCAGGCUGAUGCGAAUAUUUCGCAUCCUCAAGCUGGCUCGCCACUCCACGGGGCUCCGCUCGCUGGGCGCCACUCUGAGACACAGCUACGAGGAGGUGGGCGUCCUGCUGCUCUUCCUCUCGGUCGGCAUCUCCAUCUUCUCCGUGCUCGUGUACUCCGUGGAGAAGGACGAGGAGGAAUCCAGCCUGCAGACCAUCCCCAUGUGCUGGUGGUGGGCCACCAUCAGCAUGACCACGGUGGGCUACGGGGACACGUACCCCAUCACAGUGCUCGGCAAGAUGCUGGGCACCGCGUGCAUCGUGUGCGGCAUCCUCGUGGUCGCGCUGCCCAUCACCAUCAUCUUCAACAAGUUCUCCAAGUACUAUCAGCUGCACAAGGCGCUGGAGGCCGCCGUGCGUCAGGCGGACGAGCAGAGCUUGAGCGCAGAGGAUGUGCCCGGCGUCAACAUCCGCGACUACUACGCGCGCAAGAUGACAUCGCUGCUGCGCAGCGUGGCCACGAGAGGCGGCGGCGGCGUCGACUACGACGAGGACAGCGACGCGAGCGGCCGCUGGGCAGCCGAGAGGGGCCCUCGGCUCCGGGCGAGGUCUGGCGGCGAGCGGAGGGAGCUGUCGUGA